AUGCAGUGCUAUACAGAGCUGACGCCGCCUACGGCAGUCACGCAUUCGGCAACACUGCAUUUCAUCCCCGGACAAGGCACCAACCUCGUUGUCGCCAAGUCUUCCUUUCUUCAGAUCUUCAGGACAAAGCUCGUCGCAGUCGAGACCGACACAUUAUCGCAAGGUACCGGACAGAAAGCCCGUAAUGCGGCCCGAUACGAAAGCCGAGUAGCCAACGAUGACGACGGCCUCGAAGCAUCCUUCCUCGGCGGUGAUAGUCUCGCUGCGCGGACCGACCGCACCAACAACACGAGGCUCGUCCUCGCUUCAGAGAUUCCGCUCGCCGGCACGGUAACAGGAUUGGCAAGGAUCAAGACUCCAAAUGCGCGCCACGGAUGCGACUCGCUCCUGAUCGCGUUCAAGGACGCCAAGCUCAGUCUCGUCGAAUGGGACGCAGAGCGGCACACACUUUCGACGGUAUCGAUCCAUUACUAUGAGCAGGAAGAGCUUCAAGGGAGCCCCUGGGCUGCACCAUUGAGCCACUAUGCCAACUUUCUGGCGGCGGACCCUGGAAGUAGAUGCGCGGCGCUCAAGUUUGGGGCUAGGAACUUGGCCAUCCUGCCCUUUAGGCAGGCCGACGAGGACAUUGACAUGGACGAUUGGGAUGAGGGGCUCGACGGUCCGCGGCCGGCUAAGGGCCCGUCGAGCGCCGUCAUAAAUGGAGCUAGCAACAUAGAAGACACACCAUAUUCACCGUCAUUUGUCCUCCGACUCUCCAAUCUUGACCCAAGCCUGCUCCAUCCUGUGCACCUAGCCUUCCUGCACGAGUACCGAGAGCCCACCUUUGGCAUUCUCGCCUCUACCGUCAGUGCCUCAAACUCGCUCGGCCGCAAGGACCACUACGUCUACAUGGUCUUCACACUCGACCUCCAGCAAAAAGCAUCCACUACCAUCCUGUCAGUUAGCGGGCUGCCUCAGGACCUUUUCCGGGUAGUACCUCUACCGGCCCCCGUGGGCGGAGCCCUACUCGUGGGCGCCAACGAGCUAGUUCACAUCGACCAGUCGGGCAAGCCCAACGGCGUAGCUGUCAACCCCAUGGCCAAGCAGUGCACCUCCUUCAGCCUCGUUGAUCAAUCUCAUCUUAACCUGCGCCUCGAAGGCUGCGCUAUCGACGUUCUGACAGCCGAUCUCGGCGAGCUUCUCAUCAUCCUCAACGACGGCCAGAUGGCGGCGGUCACCUUCCGAAUCGACGGCCGCACGGUAUCUGGGUUACAGCUCAAAGUACUACCCGCGUCCUCCGGGGGUUCCAUCGUGCCCGGUCGGGUGUCGACCGUCUCGCGGAUUGGUCGAAAUGCCAUGUUUGCCGGGCUGGAGGAGGGCGACUCUCUUCUUUUUGGUUGGGGUAAGAAGCAGGCCCAAGGUGGGCGGCGAAAAGGGAGAGCGAAGGAUAUUUCUUUAGACCCUGGGGUUGGCGACGGGGAUCUUGCGGAGGAAGACGAGGAGGACGAGGACGAUUUGUAUGGCGAAGAGUCCAGUCCUCGACAUCAGCCUUUGUCUGCGGUGAACAGCCUCCUGAGCGGAGACGUCAGCUUCCGGAUCCACGAUCGCCUCAUCAACGUCGGUCCCGUUCAGGCGCUGACAUACAGCCAACCCGCUUGGCUCGCGGGGAGCGAAGAAGAGCGAAAUUCGUCCGGCGUCCACAGCGACUUGCAGUUAGUUGCCGCCGUUGGUCGAGAUAAGUCGGCCUGUCUCGCAACCAUGAGUUUGGCGAUCCAGCCUAAAGUCAUUGGGCGAUUCGACUUUCCCGAGGCACGCGGCUUCUGGACCAUGUUCGUUAAGAAGCCGGUUCCCAAAUCACUGCAGGGUGACAAAGGGGGGAAUUCGCUAGGGAAAGACUACGACAUGCCUGACCAGUACGACAAAUUCAUGAUUGUCGGAAAGGUAGACCUGGACGGGUACGAGAAGUCAGAUGUGUAUGCCUUGACCGCAGCCGGAUUUGAGAGUCUUGGUGGCACUGAGUUUGAUCCCGCAGCCGGCAUUACUAUUGAGGCGGGAACCAUGGGGAAAAGCAGCAGGAUCAUUCAGAUUCUCAAGUCUGAAGUCCGAUGCUAUGACGGAGAUUUUGGUCUCAGUCAAAUUGUUCCAAUGCUCGAUGAAGAGACCGGGGCGGAGCCUCGAGCCAUCGCGGCAAGCAUUGCAGACCCAUUCCUCCUUAUUAUCCGGGAUGAUACUAGUGCUUUCAUUGCCCAAAUCGACAACAACAACGAGCUCGAGGAGCUCGAAAAAGAGGACCAAAACCUCGUCACGACCAAAUGGCUCACCGGCUGCUUAUAUGCAGACACCACUGGCGCCUUUUCCGAAGAAACUGCUACCAAGGGGCCGAAACCAACGCAUAGCAUUCUUAUGUUUCUGCUAAGUGCAAGCGGUGCACUUUAUAUAUAUCGACUCCCUGACUUAUCAAAGCCAAUUUAUGUUGCCCAAGGGCUGUCGUACAUCCCGCCAGGCCUCUCCGCCGACUACGCCGCGAGAAAAGGGACGGCAAAGGAGACGAUUGCUGAGAUUAUCGUAGCUGAGCUGGGAGACACGACCCAUAAAUCUCCAUACCUAAUCCUUCGUCAUGCCAACGAUGACUUGACCCUUUACCAGCCCUUCCGCUACAAGGCAGGGCCAGAUUCGGAGUUUUCCAAGACGUUGUUCUUUCAAAAGCUCCCCAAUGCGGCAUUUGCCAAAAGCCCUGAGGAAGCGGAUGAGGACGAGGCCACACACCAGCCCCGGUUCCUCUCCAUGCGGAGGUGCAAUAACGUUGGAGGGUACAGCACCGUGUUUCUUCCAGGGGCGUCCCCUAGCUUCAUCAUUAAGUCAUCGAAGUCGUCCCCGAGGGUGUUGCCGUUGCAGGGAACAGGCGUGAUCGCGAUGAGUCCUUUCCACACCGAGGGGUGUGACCACGGCUUCAUUUACGCAGAUUCUCACCAUGUCGCUCGGGUUACCCAGCUGCCGCAAGACGUUAGCUAUGCGGAGACCGGAUUGGCGGUCAAGAAGAUAUCCAUCGGAGAAGAUGUUGCGGCCGUGGCGUAUCACUCACCGACACAGAGCUACGUUGUGGGUUGCAACGGCGCCGAAGAAUUCGAGCUGCCAAAGGACGAUGACUAUCACAAAGAAUGGGCGCGGGAAGCCCUCUCUUUUAAGCCCACUGUCGACCGUGGAACUCUCAGGCUCAUAAGCCCUAUCACUUGGACCGCUGUCGACUCGGUCCAAAUGGAGCCCUGCGAAAGCAUCCUCUGCGUGGAGAGCCUCAAUCUAGAAGUUUCCGAGUUCACCAACGAGAGGAAACAACUCAUCGCUGUUGGCACCGCACUCACUAAGGGCGAAGACCUGCCAACUCGCGGCCGGGUCUACGUGUAUGACAUCGCGGACGUCAUUCCCGAGCCCGGUCGCCCAGAGACCAGCAAGAAGCUAAAACUAGUAGCCAAAGAAGACAUCCCGCGAGGCGCAGUCACGGCCUUGUCUGAGAUUGGCACACAAGGCCUAAUGCUAGUUGCGCAAGGUCAAAAGUGCAUGGUGCGUGGUCUCAAGGAAGAUGGCACCCUUCUUCCCGUGGCAUUCAUGGAUAUGAAUUGCUACGUGACCGCGGCGAAGGAGCUGCCAAAGACCGGGCUGUGUCUAAUGGCGGACGCGUUCAAGGGCGUGUGGUUUACUGGGUACACGGAGGAGCCGUACAAGAUGAUCUUGUUCGGCAAGAGCUCAACCAGGUUGGAAGUGCUGAACGCGGAUUUUCUGCCUGACGGAAAGGAGCUUUUCAUUGUAGCCGCUGAUGCUGAAGGCCACAUGCACAUCCUACAGUUCGAUCCCGAGCACCCAAAAUCCCUACAAGGCCACCUUCUCUUACACCGUGUCACCUUCAACACUGGCGCCCACCACCCAACCCGAUCCCUCCUCCUCCCAGCUUCCACGCCAGCCGAUAAGGAGCGCGACCGCGCCCUAGCAACCAAGGCCAAAUCGAAACCCAACGGCCAUACCAAUGGUACCAACCCGGCCGAUGACGGCGAAGACGCCGAACCAGCCACCCAGCGCCCGCACCUUCUCCUCCUCGCGUCUCCCACAGGCGCAUUCGCCGCCCUACGCCCCCUCUCCGAGUCAGCCUACCGCCGGCUCUCAUCCCUCGCGGCGCAGCUCGUUAACUCGUUGCCGCACGCGGCCGGGCUGAACCCGCGCGGCUACCGGCUCGCCAACGCCGACUGUCCGCCGGCGGGCGUCGAGGCGGGGAUUGGACGGAGUAUUGUGGAUGGUGCGGUGUUGGAGCGGUUUAUGGAGCUUGGGAUGGCGAGGAAGGUGGAGUUGGCGGGGAGGGCUGGAUAUGCUGGGGUUGGAGAAGUGAGGGCGGAACUGGAAAGUGUAUUGGGGCGGGCGGGCAUGACGUAUUUUUAG